CAUCCAUUCACCAAUUGUUCUCACAAACACCCUCACGCUCCAUUGAACCCAUCAAAGCCUCAUCAUUCUGAUACAGUAGAUGGGGGUGCUGAUGGAAAGCGCAGACAUAUAAAAGGAGAGUUUCUCUGUUCGGAGACAUGCCCAUCUUACCUUUCCAAUCUGGUGAUGCCUUCCUUGAUCAUGAUAUCCAUUUCACGAGGCAUGAUUGUCCGAACACGACAAGUCACCAAUGUACCUCGUCUCUUGUUCGCGAAAAGACCUGCUGCCAUCGACGCGCCGCAUCCCUUCAGGAUCUACUCUUGUCGAAAGUCUCAGGGGAUACGCUGCGAAUUCCACGACCUCAGACUCAAUCAAGAUCCAAAAGGUCCUUGCAGACGCACUCGAGCUCAAGGCCAGACUCGAAGGCGCUGCGAAAUUCUCUGACAAGGUCGAGGCCGCCGCUGAAUAUCCAGAGGUCUUGAAAAUACUAAAUGUUCGAUAUGGCAAGGAGUACCAAGGAUGCGUCAAGCCCGCCGCCCUCGAAUCCGCAUUCCGGAUCAAAACUCACGAGCCCAGAUCUAAGGGCGGUCGACCCCGAAACCUGCCCAUUGGGAAAAGUACCAAGUACAGAGCACCGAGAAGUGUACUCGCGCUCAUUGAGACUCUUGGCCGUCCCGGAGUUGAUCGGAUAGAGAGCCACGAGCGAAUUUGGUCUUUUAUCCGAAAGGAAAAGAUCGAACUGUCGAGUCCUAAAGGGAACAUCUUGCUUCAGCUCAUAUUUGGAAAUUUCCUGACGAACACCCGGAUUCCCAAAGACCGCAUAUUGGAGCUCGCCCCUGGCAAAGCAAAGAAACCAGCUCGAUCAACGCCUCCACCUAGCUCGACUGGGACUCGAAGUUAUUCGACCACACCAAAUCGGAUGGAGUAUCCAAAUCCAGAGGUGUUCGCACAACUUUCCGCCAUUCGCGAUCUGAGAGACAAAAUCGAAAGCAAGACCAAAUCCAGUGAGCGACGCCGAAUCCUGAAGGACUACCCUCAAGUCUUUGAUGAGCUCGACUUCGUCACUCGACCCGAUACUCGAUUUGGGUUGACUUUCGAAGGUUAUGGAACCUAUGUCAAUCAAGCCCAAAACCUGCACAGUACCACUCCUCCGCCCUCGACUCUCAUCGACAUGCUGAAGACGCUAUCUGAACAGAAAGUCAAGGGCAAUGCUGCGAAAAAGCUCAUCCAUGCUUUUCUGAAAGCCCACCAAAUCCCAAAGGAGGAAACCUUAACAUUUGGAUGUCUCUUGAAUCGCCAAAUCUCCUCGAAUAUCUCACGAGCAACUUUGGCCAGCAUCAAAUGGGACCAGCCGGCCUCGGCUUCUACUGGCGAGAAUAAGCACGAAAUGAGCAAGCCAGGGUCUUGGACAAGGUCGAUGAGCACGCCGACCCUGAACCGAAAAUACUCGACGACCUCCAAUCGAUCAAAGCUCCCCAACCCGGAGGUCCGUGAACAACUCGAAGCGAUCCGUGACCUGCACCAUCGGGUUUCGACUCUACAUGGUCAUGAAAAUCUACAGGAUAGUCUUCAGGAUUAUCCACAAGUCAGAGAGCUUCUCGAGACUGUACUUCAGGCCGACAUCCGAUUCAAUCUGACGUUCGAGAGCUUUCGAAAUUGGCUCGGGCGGACAGAUGAACCGAGUUCAUUUUUGGAUGAGACGCCAUGGACUCUCAUCGAUCUGUUGAACGCACUAGCUGAACGCAAGGUCACGGGCACGCGUGCGAAAGUCUACAUUAAGACUUUUCUCUACGACCAUCAAGUCUUACACGAUGAAAGCCUAGUCGAAGCGUUUGGCCGUCUCUUGGACCGCAAGCCCGUUCCAGGAUUGGGUCCAAAGGUAUUGGCCAAUAUAGACUGGGGUGACUCGACUUCGGCUUCAUCUGGUGGGAACGGUGAGGCUCCGUCAGCAACUCAGAAGGCUGCUGCCUCGUCUCGUGGAUUUCAAGUCGCCCUUGGUCGAGGCAUCCCAAAAGAUGUUGAUCCCUUUGAGCGUCUCGAUUCGAAGCACAAUUGGUACGCCUCUCGGAAGCUGGACGGGGUCCGAUGUAUCACAUACAUCGACUUCGACUUGGGUACCGAUGGCAGCACACCGAAAAUACUGGACAUCAAAUGCAAGUCUCGACUUGGCCGAGAUUUCAGAACUCUUGGAAAGGUUCAGGAGCAGCUCAGGUUCAUGACGGAAGUUCCAGGUCUACGAGCUUGGCUCGAGAACGAUAGCUUCGUCCCACCCGAAUCUCCCUCCAACACGAACAGUAAGCGCCUGGUCCUAGAUGGAGAAAUCUGCGUCAUGGAAGCCGACUUGGGGCAUUCCCUACCUCCUACUCAUGACACUUUCGAUCCGUAUCGACUCCACGGGUCGCUUUUUGGGAAAGGUGAUGACGUACCAUUGAAAGAGAACUUUUCGCAGACUGUCAGUCGCAUCAAGGGGUCGACAGCCAUCGAACUUCCUCGGUAUUACGUGUUUGAUCUGCUCCACGGCGGAGAAUUCGACGCGCAUCAAGCGAUAGAUGGACUCAGUGAUCCAUUUGGCAAGCGGGUGACUGACUUGGCCGAUUUCAUCAAGGCGAUGAAUACCGCAUGUGCCGCAGAUCCACAAAAUCCUCCCUCGCACUUCACAACUCUGCCUAUUCCCCAGAUCCAGGUGAACGCCUCAAAUCUAGAGGCGAUGAUCAAGCAAUCAGAUGAAGAAGGUUGGGAAGGCCUCAUGCUUCGAGUCGACAAGCAUUACCGGGGCUCGAGAACCAAGGACAUCCUCAAGCUCAAGCAGGAAAGCGACGCGGAAUACAUCGUCCAGGGUGUCAUAAUCGAGAAGAGUAUGCGAUUGUUCGUCGACGGUGUACCAAAUAACUAUGGAGCUGUGGGCAGCCUCGUCAUUAAGCACAAGGGGAAUGAAGUCUACGUUGGAUCUGGUCUGAAUCACGAGCAAAGGAACCAAUGGGCCAAAGACCCUUCCUCCAUUAUUGGCAAGCAGAUUUGCGUGGCAUAUUUUUCCGAGUCCCAAAACCAAAAGCGUCCAGAAGAGAGGUCACUUCGAUUUCCUCGACUGAAGCACGUCUAUGAUCAGAAGCGGGACUUUUAGCCAGCCGUAUUGUGUCUGUGAAGGCGUCUCCCUGGCAACUGGCAAUUCGCCCUACUUGUCUAUAUCAACAACACCUUCAUUCGGAGGUUUCUCAUAUCUUAUGUACUGACAUCUUCUGCAUCACAUU